AUGACCUCUCCCGUGCAAAACUUUGCCCCCUCAUCCAUAGGCACUCCCAGAACCUUGACUCGACCAACAGCAGGUACGGCUCCGAGUGCGCGAGGCAUGUCGAGAACUUCAUCCUCGUCGUCGAUCGCAUCGUCUUCUUCGGCUCUGCCGCAUGCUCGGAGGGCAAGUAUGGUCGUUUCCCCUACGGCGUCAAGAUUUAAUACUUCGGCGCUGAUGCUGGGCGGCCAUGCUACGGCAUCGUCGGAUAUGGCGAGGCAUUUGAGUGGGACGAUUUCGGUUGAUGCGGGGAUGGAUUGGGAUGGGGAAGGGGAGAGUCUGCUUCUCGAAGAGGAGGAGACGAACCCACGUGGGCUAGGUGCGAACUCACAUCCUGGAGAAAGGAGGACGAGUGGUGUGGGCCUCUCAACCGAAGCGCGCGACCCCUUUUCAUUACAACAACCCGAUGCUCGCCGGACGAUGCUCGAAUCCGUCGUGCCCAAACGCGAACACGACGAACUCUUGGCCAAAUUACGCAUUCUCGAAGCCCGACGGGCCGAAGAUCGCGAAAAACUGAGGGACGUCGAACGUCUCAAGGAAGAAGCCGAAGAAUGGGAUAAGAUCAAGGAAAAGACGCGGACCAAGUUGGUCGAGUUGGCGAACGAGGUCAAGGAGUUGAAGAAGGCGAACAAGGAGUUGAGAGCGGAUCGGGAUGCGUUCGAGAGCAAGUUUGAGGACUUGAAUGAUCAGGUUGAGAUCUCGUUGUUGGAUAAGGAGGUCGCAGAGGAGAGGUUCGAUGCGGUGAAUGUACAGCUGGAGGCGGUCAAGGAGAGGGCGGCGGAGUUGGAGGUCGAGGUUGCGGUGUUGAGGGAGGAGAAUAGUGAGUUGUGGACGUGGUCCGAGGCCUGGAGCCUUUGAAUUUGGACUGAAAAAAUUAUCUAUCCAGGCAAACUCGAAGGCGAAGGCGCGGAAGCCGUUCGACAAGUUGAAGGGGGUGACGCGACCAAGACUUCAUUGGCCUACAUUCAGCUCGAGAAGCAGAACCUUCGGCUCAAGGACGCUUUGCUUCGGUGAGUACCCUCGAUCUCAGGGUGGGGACAUAGAGAGCUCAUCUGUAGACCCUCCCGCUUUACAGCCUGCGUGACUUGACAUCAGAGACGGAGGCCGAGCAAAAGCGCAAGAUUGCCGACCUCGAAGCUGAACUUGACCUCACUUCGGAUCUCCAAGGUAAGCCAGUCUGGUCAUCGGAUCUUGACCCAAUAUCUAUGCCGACCCUGACCCAUAUUUCAUCGCGACAGCCGAAUUCGAAAACAAUCUCAUUGAACUCGAACGUGCCGAAGCUCAAGUCGAGGAACUCAAGAUCCAGUUGGACGACACCCUCGGGGCCGAGGACAUGCUCGAACAGUUGACAGACAAGAAUCUGCUGUUGACAGAGGUGGGUGACUUCGCGAGCUCAGCCCUAGUCGCAAGUACGCAUACUAACGCAAGUAUAUCGACUGCAGAAAAUCGACGAGCUCACCACCAUCGUCGAGGACCUCGAGUCGCUCAAGGAGCUCAAUGACGAAUUGGAGGAAAGCCACGUCGAAACGGAGAAGCAGAUGCAGGAGGAGCUCGACCUCAAGGAUUUGCAACUGCAGGAACUGAGGCAGAGGACGGAUGUGUUGGAGGAUGGGAUCUUGGACUAUGAGCGCACGAUCUCGCAGUUCCGAGAGUUGGUCUCAAAUCUGCAAAGGUAGGGUGGAAAUUGCUGGGCUCGCGCAGAACAUGAGCGGUUGGCUGAAGCCGACCUCCUUUCUUCACUCCACAGCGAUCUUGAACAAUUACGACAUCACCAAGCGAGCCAGCAAUCCGAAUCGGCGUCGCUCACGUCGCAGUCGCAAGCGAUGCUCAACCUCAACCUCAAGUUGCAGUCGUCGAUGCUCAAGGGACAAGUUAAGACAAUUGAUCUGGAACUGCGCAAGCUCGACGCCCGACAAGCGAGCGAACACCUCGCCAUCGUCCGACCUUAUCUCCUCCCCGCUUUCUUCGACAACGACAGCGACGCCGUUGAUGCUCUACUCUUCUUCGAGCGUAUCGCAUACAAAGCCGAUCUUGUCGGGAUGUUGAUCGAGCAAACGCACGGGGUAACCGAGGCGCUCAACUCCGUCGUCCCCGAGGCGCUGAUCACGGUCUGUGAGACGCGGGCCAAGUUGGCCCAGUUCGCAACGCUCAACAAGAAGUUCUCGGCCAAUCUCAAGAGGUGUGAUCCCGAGACCUUCCUAAGGAUGGGGAGGAUCUACCAUGAGGUGUCGCCGACGGAAAAGAGGGUCGACGCGUUCAUUGAUGCGCUGAGGAGGGAGGAACUGAGAGAGGUUGAGUGUGGCAAGGAGGUGGAUGGGUGAGUCGAGACGAGUGGGAUCUGAUACGACAAUAACGCGGGCUAAUAGUGAUAAAUUCCGGUUCGGCUUGUAGUCUCAUCGCGCAAGCUGAGCAUCUCGCCGACACCCACCUCGCGAAUAGCGUCCUCGAUUUGGCUGAACGCGAGCUCGCUUGCGUCACCGCACUCGACCUCCACUUUGACACCAUCGCAGCCGCGGUCGGAUUCGCCAAGCAGACGAUUGCGACGCUGAGCAAGGACCCGGGUGAGUACUCGUUGGGUGGUUCAAGCGAUUCAAGCUUCUUCGCUUAUGGCAAAUCCGAAUACUCCCAGAUGUCGCUCUCGAACUCGGCGACGCCAACAUCGACGACAUCGUUUUCAAGCCAUUGCAGAACCUGUUCAACCAAGCGCGGAACGCCAAGGUGGUGACCAAGAAGCUAUUGCGAAGACUAGAGGAGCUGGUCGGCUCUUCCUCGGCGCUUAGCAUGGAUCACGCCGAGGGUGUCGAUACUCUGUCGUACAACAGUUCUGCGAUUGCGGCUGCGGCUGCCAAAGUGGGUCACGCGUUGUUCGAUAUGGGCACUAGCUCAAUUGCUGAUCUCGUGUUCCUCAUAUCCCAGCUCGCUUCGAGUAUUUCGGCCUACUGCACCGAAGUCCGAUCUUCGAAACGACCCUUCGAGCUCAGCCACUUCCUCGCCAUUGCCAAAGACGUUGCUGCCAAUGAGCUUGGCAAGCAGACCCCUCGACCUCUUGAAGAGAUUGGAGCGCUUCUUGGUCAACUGGCCCAAGAUGUUGGGACAACAUUGUCGACAGCGAUGGAUCCGGAUCAGAUCGUUCGACGUGAGUCAUGCCAUGGCAAUAAUUCACCAAAUCGCAUCCUUUCAUGAUCUGAUUGUAUAAUGCAUUGAUUCCUACAGUCGACUAUGAGCCACCUUGGAUCGCUCGUGUCACGGAGCUGCAGUCGCACGCCGCGAUCAACGUAGAGGCCGAACGCAAGGUCCACAAGCUGAAUGAGGAACUGCGCGACCUCGUUCGCGAGAUGAGAACCAAGGUAAGUUCGAAUGCUCGACCAGGGUGGACAAGGGUGAUAGCUGACCUGGGGUGGGGGCAUUCUUGGCAAAGGACCUGGCGUAUCAAGAAAGCAUCGUCAAGAUUGAAGUCAUGGAGAAGCGCAUGGAAGCGGUCAAGAAACAGGCCGAUGCGAUCACGGAGCUCGAGGCCGAGUUGGUCAAGUCCAAGAAGCAGGAGCGGGUAUAUGAGGAGGCAAUCGAGGCGCUGCAUUCCGAUUUGGACGCGAUGGAGCAGGAGCUUACCAAGAUGAAGCAGAACGUUGUCUCGAACGACAAGUCGGGUAAGUGAAAGGUGCUAUGGUCUUGCUGGACGCUCACUGACACAGGGCUGCCUGGGUGGUUUAGGUGCCCCAGCUGGACCGGGCGAAGGCGAGGCGGUCGUGUACGAAGGCAACAUGGAGACCUCGUAUCUCAUCGAACAGAUCGAAUCGUUGCGUAACGCCGUCCGCUUCCUGCGCUCGGAGAACUCGUACCUCAAGUCGCAAGACCUACUCACCGAACUCGACGCCUUACCGACCUACGUCCUUCCCGCGAUCACUCCGAUCAUGCUACCGAAGGAAGCCAGUGGUCUGCCUGUUUCUUCACGUCGUACACCGGCUGCUUCGGCAACAUCGACGACUCUGGCUCCACUGGAACCCACCUCCUUCGCUGUCCAGUCGAAGCAGCUCCUGCACGAGGCUCGCUUGCUCUCGGCCACACCGAGGUUGGUCGACUUGAGCGGCGUUCGCCCAGGCGGCAAGAAAGGGUGGACACCUUCCGCGCGCCUCCCUUCGAGUCAAUUGAGGGCGGAGAAGGAUCGCUCCAAGGCCUUGUCGAGGAAGGUCGAAGCGUUGUGGGAGAUGAGGCCCAGGGUUCUGGCUGUUCUUUGA